AUGAAUCAAGAUAUAGAUAAUAAUAAUAAUGUAAAAAGUAAUACUAAUGGAACUAAUAAUAAUAUUAAAAAGAAUAGUUUAGAUGAUACUAAUAAUAAUAGUAAUAAUAGUAAUAAUGUAACUGUAACAUUAUUAAAUUCACCAACACAUCAAUCAACAAAGAACACUAUUAUUAAUAAUAAUAAUGGUAGUAAUAGUAAUAAUAAUAAUAGUACAUUCUCACCACAUCCAACAUUAAUGCAGAUAUCUGAAAUAUUACAACAUUCAGUUGAAUUAAAACUAUGUUCUUCAGUAUCUACACACUCUGUUGUCUGGGAUACUCUAAUGCAUAAUGUAGAAUGCAAUCCUGAUAUCAUUUCACUUAUAAUCUCAAUACUCUUGACAAAAUAUAUUCAACUUACAACCAUGCUCGAUAAACGUUCAACUCCACUCAUUUCAAUAUUAAUGUCAAUAUUAACAUCAAAUACAAAUACAAAUAAUAAUAACAUUAAUAAUAGUAGUAAUAAUACAACAUUAACCACAUCAAUGUCAACAUUAGAUUUAAAUAGUAUUUCAAAUGUACCUGUUUCGGCUUCUGGUGAUAAUAGUGUUGAUGAUGGCGAUGAUAAUAACAAUUCCGAUGAGUUGGUCGGUAGUAGUGAUGAAGAUCUCAGUCCAAGAGCAUUGAUGACAAUGAUGUCGGCAGUGAGUGGUAACCAACCGACACAACAGAUCAUUCAUCAACAACUAAUCAUUGGCAACAAUGUUUACUCGAUUACAAACUCACCAUCCUCCAAAGAACCAAUAAUCACAAUCGAACCAAUAGAUCCAUCCACUCAACAAUCGAAUGCAAACAAUAAUAAUAUCAUACCAACAGUGCCAUUGACAAUCAAUAGUACCAUUCCAUCUUUAUUAUUAUCCUCUACACCAAACGGAUCAACUCCAACUACUACAUCUCAAAAUAAUAACAAUAACAACAACAACAAUAAUAAUAAUAAUAAUGUUGUUUUAUCACCAACAGUUACAUCUCCACAGAUACCUUCUAUAUCCUUACAAUCUUCUACCAAUUCUACAACAACAACAACUACAACUACAACAACUUCAACUUCAAAUUCAACACCAACAUCCAAUCCUAAUACACCAAAUUCGAUAUCUUCGCAAACACAAGCACAAACCAUAGUUACUCAACAACCUGUCUUGUCUCCAGAGGAACAGAAAGAGAUUGACUCUAUGAAGCUAUCGAUCAUUACAAGUCUUACCUUUAUUGCUCUGUUUAACAAUUUCAACUCUAACAAUCCAGCAUUGAAGUUUAUUCUUGGUAAAUACAGUGAUUUGAUGUCAAGAGAUGCCAAUACCUCUGAUAUGUUAAAGCUUCUAUCACCAGGUUUCAAAGAUUCCAACGACUAUAUAUUCUACCUUAUCGAUCGUUGUUCUGACCUAUCCAAUGUAACAGAGCCACAAAAGAGUAUUAAAAGUUGGUUAAACACUGCCAUUACCAAUACAUUACAACAACAAUCAAUCAUUGUGCAACAACAACAACCACAGCAAGCACAAUCAACACAACAACAGCAACAACAACAACAACCACAACAACAACCACAACAGUUACAACAAACAACACAGCAACAACAACAACCUAUAGCUAUUCCACAACCAAUACAAUCAUUACAAAAGACAAAGAUGAUAUUUGAAAAUCUCUUUCUCUUUCUCAAACACCCACUUCUUCUUGAGAAACGUAUGCUCUACUUUUUACAGAUGUUGAAACACUAUCUUUUGGUAGCACCGAUUGUUCCUCCUUCGAUUAUCUCUAUGGCAUUGUCCAUUGUAAAGACUUAUUACAUGUGGCCACGUCCCUACUGUGACUUUGCCAAUGACAUCUUGGAGACACUCACAAUGGAACACCAAUGUCCUGGAAGCUACUACCGUGCCAUGUUGGCAUAUGAGAUGCCUGCAGUGAUGCAGACACUCUCUGCAUCGACCACACCACCAGCACCAGCCUCCACAUCGAAUGUUGCAACCAACGUAGUCUCAUCGAUAACAUCGUCAAUCUAUCAAAUGAAGAAUAGACCAAUCGUUCAUAUGUUAAUAGAUCGUUACAAUUCAGAUGCACUAUCGAUUCAAGAGAUAUUUGAACAUAACAUUAAAAAUAGUUCAACUCCAUCCAUUACACAAUUACAAUCAAAUAUAAUUGCAAAUGUAUAUCAACGUAUAAUGGGUAUAGAUAAUUCAGCAUUAGGAUUAGAAUUUGUUGAACCAAACGAUAUUUCACAUAUUCAUCUUAAAAUUAUAGAUAUAUUAAACAAAACAAUGAUUUUAGAUGAAAAUGAAUGUAAAUCAAUUAGAAUGAAAGAAUUGAGUAUAAUUAGAGAAGAGAUUAUUAAAUUAUCUAAAAAGACAUUAUUUAAACAUAUUCCACAACCUACAAUAUUACCAAAUUUAUAUUAUCAUUUUUCAUCACUUUAUAGAAUGAGUAUAAAGAAUAAGAAACCAGAUGAACUAUCUACACAAUUCAAUAUACCUGUUUAUAAAAAGACAAUGAAUAUCUUGGUGAAUCUAUUGUCAAACUACCAAGAGGAGCAAUACUCUCAAACCAUAAAGAUAUGUAUUGUUGGUAAUGAUGCAUCAGUACACCAUUUAGUAGGAUCCUAUGUCUAUCUAAAGUAUCAUUCACCAGAGUUAUUCAGUGAUCUCGAUAUUCAAUUCUAUUUAAUUCCUGCCGGUAAUAAUUGUAAAUUCACUGACUUUGUAUCUACAUUUGAUAAUUGGUAUCAAAGACAAGUAUCAACUAUAUUAAAUUCAUUAUAUGAAAUCAUUCCAACAUUUAAACCAUCAUCAAACAAUCAAUCGGAUCAAUCUGUUAUUGAAUCAAUGUCUGGUUUAAGAGAAGAUAGAAAGAGUAUGAGUUUUCAUUCAUUACAACAAGCUUCUCAACAACAGCAACAACAACAACAACAAUCGACUGAAGCAGAUUCGACAUUGACUCGUACACCUUCUGCUAUCAUCAUGUCAGAGGUAGAAUACUUGUUCCGUGAAGCAUCGUUUAAGCUUGAUAUUCCAUUGAUGAAAUGUGAGGGUUGGAAUGAUGAUAACUAUCAAACCAUACCUUUCUUCCAUCGUGCCGAGAUUGGUUUGAAUGCCUACUGUCAGGGCACCGGUGAUCAAGCGAUCAUUGAAAGCACGCUGAACAAUCGUAUGGCAAAAUAUCCACCGGCCUCACUCUCUGCCAAGAUUGGUAUAGUCAAUCCACUGGGAACACAAAUUCAACAGAUCGUACUAGAUUUUAAGACCUACUAUGAGAUAUCGAUUGUCAACCAACUACCGAAAUUCACCAGUAAAACAUCGACCAAAGAUACAUCACCAGCACUCAUGGAACUAGGUCUCAUCGAAUUCGAUGCCAAAAAGAAGAGAGCCAAGAGCGAAGAUCCAACACUAUUUACUAUGAACGCCAUCGAAAUUGAAUGUCAAAAAGACGAACGAAAGAAACCAUUCGACAUCUUGUUGGACGGACAACUCUGUGGUCCAUACACCAAAGUUAGAAUAAGUUUUUGUAAUAUUGGAACAUCUGAUGUAAUACAAUUACCAAUAAUGACAUAUCUACCAUAUUGUUAA